AUGCAAAAGUUUUCAGUCUCGAUUAGGAGCUUUUCCGUGACUUCUAAGGCCUCGAAGUCGGCCUGUUCGAUGGUCAAGCCAGUUCAUCAUUUGGUAAAGAUUGACAAGUCUAAGAUCUCACCCAGAUUCCCAGAGCUGAAAUACGCAAAGAAUGAUAUUAGAUCGCCGAGUUUCAUGCCUUCAACAACACAUCAGGACAGAUCCCACGAGCACUAUUUGAAUACAGUACAACCCGAUUUGUUGCUCAUCAAUUACCAACACGGCUAUGGAGGGGAGGAAGGUCUUAAGAAUAGACCAUGGGAUGGGACUUCUCCUUACCACAUCAAUAGACAGCCCAAGAAACCUGUGGGAAGCAAAGCACAGUUACCAGAUAUCCAUCCCAUAAAAUGGCACAAUAUCCCAGGCAUUGACAGUGUUGUGCUGAACUGUUAUGUUAACGAAGCCAGAGAUAAUCAGCUUUACGCUAUAUCAGCGGCCUUGCAAUUGCAGCAGAUAACAGGUUGUAAGCCUACAACUUUAUACUCCAAGACCGAUGUUCCGACGUGGAAAGUUAGAAGAGGUCAUCAAAUGGGUGCUAAAGUUGAGCUUAAAGGUCGCCCAAUGUCACAAUUUUUAUCUACACUAACAGAGAUCGUCAUGCCAAGAAUAAGAGAAUAUAAAGGUAUCAGUAACAGAUCAGGCAACGGUUACGGAAGUAUCUCCUUUGGUUUGACGUCAGAAGAUGUAAAGUUUUUCCCUGAAAUCGACUCCAACCAGGAUCUAUGGCCAAAGACAUUUGGUAUGCACGUCAAUAUUAAUACCACAGCCCAAAAUGAUGCCCAAGCUAGAACACUGAUAAGUGGUUUUCAGAUUCCUUUCCAUGGUGCUGAAAAAAUCAAGAACUAG